CACACACACACACACACACACAAAAGAAAAGAAGCAAUGAUUGACAUUAUGAGCAAUCCCUUUGACAAGAACAUGCUCUCCUACAGCGGCGGUGCGGUGGGCCUGCUCAUCCUUAUUCUGGAUUUGAUUGUCAUCUUUGAAGUCUUGAACUCCAACCGUAGCACGGGCGGCAAGGUUGGCUGGUCCCUGCUGGUCUUUUUCUUCCCUAUUGUCGGCAUCAUUCUCUAUUUGUAAGUGUCUAUUCAUUCUUUUGUGCUCUCUCUAUUUUCAGGAGCAAGAACAUUUACAUAGUAUGGGGAGGAAUUAUAAGGAAAGAAGGGAAAACCCUUCUACGACAUUCGUUUGUGUGUGUAUAUCGAGCUUUUGUUGUAGAGUACAGUAGUACUUUGUAGUGGCGUGAAUAUAUAACGUAACAAGUUAAAAAGCAGUUCUUUAUAUAAUAACAUGCCAUCCUUCUUUUUAGCCUCUUUAGCCAUCGCGCUGAAC